AUGGUGCAUCGAGUAGUCGAGAAAGGUCCUGGCCUAGCCAGGCAAAAGGCGCCAGUCACAGCUCCUUCAAGGAGUGGGUCAACUCAAAACAUGUCUGCAAACAUCAAAGUUGUCGUCAGGGUUCGUCCUUUAAACAAAAAGGAGAAAGACCUAAACAACCGUGUUGUAGUCGACGUUGUUGAUGAUAAAAUGUUAGUGUUUGACCCCAAGGAGGAAACUCGACCCUUUUUCUAUCAAGGCGUUCAGCAACCAAAUAAAAACUUCUUAAAGCGUGCUAAUAAGGAGCUGAAGUUUGUUUUCGACCAUGUAUGUGGCCAAGAAGCUACAAAUCAGGAUGUAUUUGAAACCACAACUAAAGAUAUUUUAGCGUCAUUAAUGGAGGGAUAUAAUUGUUCCGUGUUUGUGUAUGGCGCAACGGGCGCGGGAAAAACUUUCACCAUGAUUGGGAAUCAAGAGAAUCCAGGCAUUACUUAUUUAACUAUGGAACAUCUGUUCUAUACAAUUGACUCAUUUGAAAAGGACAGGGAAUUUGAUAUUGGUGUUUCAUAUAUUGAAGUCUACAAUGAAAAUGUAUAUGAUCUCCUAAAACCAUCAACUACUGCUCUUCAACUCCGAGAAGAUGCUAAGUAUGGUGUGAUGGUGGCUGGACUAACCCUUCAUAAAAUUAAAACGGCCAGGGAGCUCCUGAAUAUGCUGGAGGAUGGUAAUAAAAAUAGGACCCAACAUCCCACUGAUGCCAAUGCUGAAAGUUCAAGAAGCCAUGCGGUGUUUCAAGUGUACGUAAAAAUGCGUUACAAGACGAGCAGUCAGCUACGCAUGGUGAAACUAUCUAUGAUAGACCUGGCAGGCAGUGAACGAGCAUCUGCAACUGGUUGUAAAGGUGAUCGGUUUAAAGAGGGAGCCAAUAUCAAUAAAAGCUUGUUGUCUCUCGGAAAUUGUAUUAACAAGCUUGCUGAUGGUAGCAAUUAUAUCCCGUACAGAGACUCAAAACUGACCCGUCUCCUCAAGGACAGCCUAGGUGGCAACUGCAAGACGGUUAUGAUUGCUAACGUGUCUCCCUCCAGCUUGAGCUAUGAAGACACAUACAAUACAUUGAAAUAUGCGGCUCGUGCUAACAAAAUUCAGCUCAGCAUUAAGAAGAAUAUUGUUGAUGGCGACAUGAGGCUAUCACAAUAUGUCAAGAUAAAUGAGGAAUUGAAGAAGAAGAUUAAAGAGUUGGAAGCAAAACUAUCUUUGUCUUCUGUGAAGAAUGUCAAAGAGAUAGAUCCUGCUAAGGAAAAACUGUCUCAACAAUGGCGGCAACGUAUCAGUGUAGCAGAGAAUGCGCAUGCGGUGGUCGAAAAUCGACUGCUGUCGAUGAUGAGUCGUCAGCGCGUACUCGCAUUGCGGCAACAACUGCGUAAGCGCGCCUUCCAGCACGUGGUUGAUUUAGCUCACCGUUGCUCAUCGGAACCUUUGGAUCAGAUGUGCACCGAAGAUAUACCGCGUCAAGAACGCGCCGCAGAGAGCUAUAUGAAACAAUCUAUACAACUGGAAACCAAGAUGGUCUCUGCAUGGGCGGAAUGGGCAGAAAGUCGAAAGCGAUUAGACAUUAUGUACAACCAAGCGGUAUCAGACCACCCUGAACUUAUAGAUUUUGUUCAAAACCUACAAACGCAAGCGAAACUUAGACUUGUUGAAGCCAGAGACAACCUGCGUUACAAACUUCUAUCUAUUGAGCACCAAGAGAUCAAAUCGUUCACAGAUUAUGUUAUGGACAUGCCGAGUAUGCUGAAAAAACUAUACCUAACAUUAAAAGGCUACGAUAGGGUGCCAUCAUCCUUAGCAGAGGAGUAUCUAGAGAUUAUGAAGAAAGCAAAAUCUGCUAAGAACAUUGUCUGGUCCGAUGAAGAGUUCCAAGGCGAUGAUUACUUCAAAUUUGUCACAUCAUUGGAUUUAGAUAAACCGAUAGUUAAAUUUGAGGAUGAUGUCAGUCUAGUACAGACAGACAGUGACGAUUUUUGUGACAUUGAGAAUCAUGAGCCCAGGCUCUCAGCGAAGAAACGUAAAGGGACACCUGUGAAGAAGGAAACACCUGUAAAGCUAUUGAAUAAUGAAACAAUUGUUAUUAAUGAUUCUUGUGAAAGUUUGGAUGUUACCAGGAAUCUCAGUUCUGCUAAGAAAGUCAAAAGAGAACCUCACCUUAAUGUUGAUAUUGAGAACUAUAAGACUAUUGACCCUAAUUGCCUAAAUUCCACGUUCGUUAUGGCUAACAAAAUGGAGUGGAAGGAUAAUGUGAAGACCGAGCCGAAAGCCAAUGUGCCCGUGAAGAAGGGGCUUUCGGACAGGACGAAUUUCAUAAAUCAAACUAACAAUCCCCAAUACAGAGCGAAAAUAGUCAAGCCAGUGCCGGUGGUGGGCAAGGUUGCGCCGUUCAGACGGAAUCCAGUGCCAACGGUGGGUGGUCCUCGGCCGCCGGUGGCCGGAUUUGGAUCCAGUGUUGCCAGAGACGGAACGUCCUUGCAGAGAAAUAAUCAAGCAGUUCGUACCCGGGAAAGGUUCCAGACCCAUCCAUACUCCAGGCCAGCGCUCAACAGGAAAUGA